AUGUCGGACAAGCAUUGGAAACUUCUCUGCUUAGAGAACCCCCUGCUCGACAUCCAGGGUAAAGGCGACGAGGCUAUGCUGGAGCAAUAUGGCCUGAAACUCGACGACACUCUCCUCGCCGAACCCCAUCAAAUGGGUCUCUACGAUGACCUGAUCAAGAACCGCAAUGCGAAACUCAUUCCGGGCGGGGCGGCCCAGAACACUGCAAGAGGUGCUCAGUAUAUGCUCCCUCCGGAGUCAGUGUGGUACAUUGGUUGUGUUGGAGACGAUGAGUACGCGAGCAUCCUCCGAGAGAAAUGCGCCGAGCAAGGCUUGCACGUCGAGUACCGUGUCGACCCGAAAGUCCCGACAGGAAAAUGCGGUGUUGUCAUCACAGGCCAUCACCGCACAAUGUGCACACACCUGGCAGCGGCCAACGAGUAUAAAUUAGACCACUUGCUCGACACGCGUAUCUGGUCUAUGGUCGAAAAGACUGACGUCUUCUAUGUGGGCGGUUACCAUUUGACUGUCUGUCCUCCGGCUGCGAUGGCUCUCGCCAAACAUGCGGCCGAGACCAACAAGAUCUUUAUGCUCUCCCUGUCCGCAGGCUUCAUCCCACAGUUCUUCAAGGAGCCUUUGGCUGAGAUCCUGCCGUACUGUGACUAUGUCUUCGGAAACGAGAACGAGGCAAAGACUUGGGCCGAAACCCAAGGCCAUAGCAACAUUUCCAUGCAAGAAUGCGCAAAACUAAUGGCCAAGCUGCCCAAAGUCAACACCAAGAGACCGAGAGUUGUCAUUGUUACACAAGGCACGGAUCCCACCAUCGUGGCCGUAGCGGAGCAAGGCAAAGAGGUCGAGGUCAAGGAAUACCCCGUACCUGUGAUCGACAAGGAGCUCAUCAACGACACAAAUGGAGCUGGUGACGCGUUCGCCGGCGGCUUUUCUGCAGGCAUCGUUGAAGGCGAGCCACUCGAGGCCUGCAUCAAGAAAGGCCAGUGGUUGGCGAGACUCGGUUUGCAAGAAUUGGGCCCCUCGUAA